UUUCCUCACUCACUUAUUGAUUCAAUUCGAGCCACGACAUUGCAGCGAGCAGAACGGCGUGCGAACGGAUACGCAGUCAAUUUUUAAGUUUUUUAUCAAUUUUUGUUAUUUUUGAAUGAGUCAAAAAACCGAGAAACCUGUCUUAUCUGGGCAGCGAAUUAAAACUCGCAAAAGGGAUGAAAAGGAAAAACUUGAUGUUAAUGGAUUUCGCGACCAAUUGUUACAAGGUCUAAUUGAAGCUGGAACGGAUUUGGAGGCCCUUUCUAAAUUUUUGGAUGGGGCUGGGGGAACGAAACUGGACUAUCGACGCUACGGCGAAACCCUCUUUGAUGUUUUAAUCGCGGGGGGCAUUCUUGGCCCCAAUGGGGUCACUCCAGCCGAGGGGGAUAAGUUGGCUCCGGCCUCCGUCUUUGCGACGGAGAACACCAUCGACGCUCUUCGCCUACAAGAACAAGUUUUCCUCAAACUGACGCGGCGUUUCAAGUACCUCGAAAAACUAUUUCAAGAACAAAUAAAAAAGGUGUUUACUUACAUGAAGAGGUAUUCGGAUGAAGAUCGGAUUAAAUUGGCAAGAAUGACGGCACUCUGGAUUUGUAACGGCUCUUUACCCCCAACUUGUUUGGCUCUUGUUGGACAAGAACAUCUUGUCAAGGACAACGUUGCUCUUGAUUUCAUUUUGGAAGUGUUUACAACUUGGAAGCAAGAGAAGGGUGUCUCUAACGUCGUUUCAGGUUUGAAGAAAAGUGGUCUCGAGUCGAAGAUGAUGGAGUUUUUCCCUUCAAACAAGCGCACUCCCGAGUACUUCAACAGUGUUUUCCAGGAGAGGAAUCUGGCUGAAAUUGUCCGUCUCCAGAAGAACCAAGCUUCCCAAGAGAUGAAACUGAAUUUGCAUAAGGUCGUGUCUGAUGCGUUGGAUGAAGGCAAAGCGGCAAAAGACAUCAUUGCUGAAGUAAAAGAUUAUUCAACCAAGAAUAACUUGCCGGAGCACGAAAUUGUGACUAUUGUGUGGGGAACACUUAUGGCUGCUGUUGAAUGGAACAAAAAGGAAGAAUUGGUUGCUGAACAAGCUCUGAAGCACAUUAAGAACUAUGCCUCCUUUUUGGGAGCAUUUAGCACAACCCCAAAGGCCGAGCUCACCCUGAUCUUGCGCAUUCAAGAGUUUUGUUACGACAAUAUGAACUUUAUGAAGGUUUUCCAGAAAAUUAUCUUGCUCCUUUACAAAAACGAUGUUUUGUCCGAGGACUCGAUCAUGAAAUGGUAUAAGGAGGCUCAUUCAUCCAAGGGAAAGAGCGUCUUCUUGGAGCAAAUGAAAAAGUUUAUCGAGUGGCUCCAAAGUGCCGAGGAGGAAUCUGAGUCAGAUUCUGAUUAGAUUGAAGAAUAAAAUCCCACUUCAAUUUUCAUCUCUACCAAUCAUUGUCCCAUACCAUCCUUGAGAUGAACUUGGUACCACUACCACAACUGUUGAUUCCACUACACACUCUGCAAUCAAAUCAGUAAAAUUAUUCAACAUCGAUCUUGAAAUCCGUUGUCCAUCCAUCCAUCAUCAUCACUACAAUUAUCGUCGUUCAAACUAAAUCGGAUUUUAUCGGAUUCAUAAAAAAAAUCAUCAUACAGGUUAAACAAAUUAAUACAAAGGGUACAGAGGAGAGAGCUAGCUACUUGAUAAAUUACUAAUCCGUUCAUUCAAAAUUUCCAAUAAACAACUCUCUCUCUCUCUAAACUCAGGAUUUUAAGAUUAUGAAAAAAGAACAAUUCUGUAAUUAUUAUUCAUCAUCUUUGAUCCUUAAUUUGUUUAGGUUCAUUCAAUUAGACAAUGCUUAUUAUGUAAUUUCAACAAGUGAUCUUAUCAAUUCGUUUCGUAUAUUGAUGUGCUAAAAUAUGUAAGACACCUUGUUCUCCGAGUUCGAUUCGAUAAAUGUUAACUUAUACUUUAAGAUUAUGAUUACGUUACAAUUUUCUACAUUACUUAACUUACAUACACACGUAAAUAUAUAGUGUUAAAAAUGAACAUACAUAAUACAGUUCCAAAAAUGUUCUUAAAAUUUACAAAACAAA